CCAUACACCACUUCUCCACUGGUCUAAAAUCCCAUUUAAAAACUCAGUUUAACGACUGAUAUAAACACAAGACAGGUGAACACGUUAAACUCCACUGCGUGAAGUGAUGACGUGUUAUCAACAUCCAGUGGUGGUGCGCAAAUAAGGAGGUAAUUAUGGAUGCGGUUUAUUCAGGAUGUUUUACUACCCGACACAGUAUUGGAGUUGGAGCCAAGUUCAUUGCUAUGACAGCUGCUCGGUGGUGUUUUGAAGACAAACUUGACUUUCCAGCCGUGAAAAUACCCGGAUCACUGACUGAGCCAGCUCACUCCUGGUUUAGUGCCUGGCUAACUUGAAGAGGUGAUAUAAUAAUUUGAUCGUGCUGCUCUUCUAGACUUUCUGAAUGUUAUUGGACUGAACGUCUCUAAUUAUGACAGUGAAACAAGUCAAUUUAUCCACUGUUUUCCAGACAUUUCUUUCACAUUGUGUCUGUUAUUGAUUUCCCUUCUGUGAUAACCGAUGUCAGGGUAGUUGUGAAGUGAAACGCUACGUCAGUGAUGUGCAACGUAAUGUUUGGCCUGUUGGAAGCAGGGGGGGCUGAUCAAUGUUCAAAAAAACUCCUGUACACCUGCUAAUUUUAGUGGAAAAGCGAUAUUACACAGUUUCAUCUGAAAUGAGGUUCUAUGGGGACAACCGGAAGGGGCGUGGCCUCUGCUCUCCAUCAGUAUCGACCCCUCCACUUGCUCAUCGGUCUCCAGCACGCAGCACUCUGCUCACCUGUCGCAGUGGUUCUGCUCAUGGACCUGUAUGAGAUCAGAGGAGGCAGACUGGACGUGAUCUCAGAGGAAGCUGAGCACCAGUUGAGCAGAGACUCGACCACCAUGGAGCACUCUGAUGUGGUUCCAGACAGAGGAGCGAGGGCGACCCGGGAGGUUUCCACCUUCCAGAGGUUCUCCGUGGACACCAACGAGUCCCUUCGCUUUGAGCCAUGUGAGGACAGCUCUCCAUCUCCCACCGGGGCCGAAGAUGGACACGAUGAUGUGUUUAAGGAGGGCAAAACCGAGCUUGAAAUCGACUCAGUGAGAAAUCAGUUGCAAGGGAAGGUCUCUGAGAUGGAGAGCUUCGCAGGUCAUCUGGAGGAGAUCUUUCUCACUGUGGAGGAGAACUUCGGCCGGCAGGAGCAGCACCUGGAGCAGCACUACAACGACGUGCUGCAGACGUUGUCCCAGCGAUACGACGAGCAGGCGGCCGGGCUGGAGGAGGAGAAGAAGGCCAAGCUGGAGGCUCUGUACAACCAGCUGCUGUCCUGCGGUCAGGCCAUCGACGCCUCCAAGGAGCUGAUCGAGACGGCCCAGCAGGUCUACCGCCUCCAAGACAAGAGGCUCUUCCUGAAGACAGUUAUGCCCACCAUUAACAGGAUCAAGGAGUUUGCCAAAGAUGAGAUCGACUUCACGUUGGCUACGACUCUGGAGUUCAACACGCCGCUCGCUGACCUGUCAGAUGUCAAAACCAUGAUGGACUCCAUCAACGUUGUUCCAGCUCCGUCUGCUCCGGUCAUCAACCCCCAGAUGCCGAACUCUGCCACCCAGACGUCGCUGCGUGUGCGCUGGAGCUUGUUCUCCGACGACACGGUGGAGUACUACGAUCUCUACUACAGGCCGGUGCUGGAGGACACGCCGGCAGACAGCACCUGUGCACCGCAAGUCAGUAACGUGAAAGUGAAGGAGACCCACUGCACCGUGACGGACCUGCUGCCCAACGCUCAGUACGAGCUGUGGGUGACUGCCACCAACACCACCGGCAUCAGCCCAGCCAGCGAGAAGGCCUUAUACAUGACAGUGCCGUCACCUCCAGUCAUCAAGCAGAGGGAGUGUACCAGCUGCCCCGAGGCCGCUCUGAUCCGCUGGGAGUCAGGAAACACCAACCCUGUGGACUCCUACACCGUGGAGCUCAAUGAGAUGGGCACCGACGGCACACAGAGCGGCGUCACUGAGUCUGUCGUAGCCGUGCCCACCUGUCAGUGUCUGAUCCAGCUGAAGACGGGACGGCGGUACCUCAUCUCUGUGAGAGCGGUGAACAUCGGCGGGCCCAGCGACAGGAGCGAAGUUCUGACCGUGACCACAACAGGUACGUUCUUCUACCUGCUGGAGGACACGGCACAUCCGUGUCUGUCCAUCUCUGAGGAUGGCUUCACCAUCUUUUAUGGAGACGAGGAGCUGCCGAUCAGCGCCAUGGCUUUAGACGACAACACCUUCGCCAGGUGUGUGGCCGUCCUGGGGGAUCUGAUCCCAGUGCGAGGCAGACAUUACUGGGAGGUUGAGGUGGACGAUGGGACAGAGUUCAGGAUCGGCGUUGCGUACGAGGACACGGAGAGGAACUCGUACCUCGGAGCCAACAGUACCUCCUGGUGCAUGAGACACAUUCUCACCCCGUCCAGGCAUAAAUAUGAGUUUCUGCACAACGGCUGGAGUCCCGACCUGCGGAUCACAGUGAACCCGGUGAGGAUCGGCGUGGCACUGGACUACGAGAGGGGGACUCUGUCUUUCUUUAACGUGGAUCUGGAGCAACACCUGCACACCUUCCACUGUCACUUCCGAAAUUACGUCCACCCCUGUUUUAGCCUGGACAACCCGGGAGCUCUCACUAUACACAACGCCAUAGAGGCUCCUGAGUACGCCUUCAUCUGACACCAGCAAUCAUAUCUAUUAAAGAAGACAUUCAUAGUUUUAAUGUGGGUUCUUACUAGAAUAAUUUCACAAGCUUUUCUCACACAGCAGCACUGUUUCAGUUCCCGUCUCUUUAAGAUCUCCCUGCUGCUGAUUGGUUGGCUCACCACGCCUGAGCUGCUCAAAAUGUCUCCAGUCUGCUCCGUCGUAUGUGUGAGGGCAUGUGUGACAUGGGGCGAAGUGUGAUAUCACAAAACCACAGAAUUAAAAGGCAGGACUACUGACGAGGCGUUUGAGGAGCAGUGUUUUCUGUGGGAGAGAGGAGCUCCCUUUAAUGCAGACUUUGGACUUUUAUAAAAUACAGACACUAAUGAAAACAGCCUAAAAUGUCUUCUUUAAAAGUGCAUUUUGUACAAAUGAGUUUAAAAAUUUAAAAUAAAAAAUCAACAGAAUGAGGAAAUAACAGUUCUGAUGUGAUCUCAAAGAUUAUGUAUUGUGUUGCAGGGAUAUUUAUUGAAGUUAGCAUGCUAACCAGCUACAUUUGUACCUAAAGAGGUGAGAGUCUUACAGUAAAAACUCCUUCACUGCUCUGCAGAGUCAGCUAAUCUGACUGCUAGCUGCAGAUACCUGAGCUGACUAAAAAACAGCAGCUGCAGUCAGCAGCAGUUAGUUGUUACUCUGGUGAUAAGCCGCCUCUUAGGUGGCCAACUCUUACAUAACACACCUUUUUAAUACUUACCAAAGAUUACUGGUGACACCUCUGAUGAAGAAAAACCCAAACUAAGUUAAAGAAACGUGUGCUGAUCUUCCUCAGCGGUGUAAAACAUACGGCAUCUAAAAGACAGUCAGGGGUUUUCAGUUGUUUUUAUUAUAGUAUUCCAUGGGAACAGGCAUACACCAUUUUCCAAGAUAAGAAAAAGUUUCACUGAAUUUUACAAUAUGUAUUUAUACCAUCAGCAACUGCAGCAGACCAGGUUUAAAUUCAAUAAAAGGAAAUAGGAGGGGGUUCUGUUUUACAAAAAGCUGCUUCGAAAAAGUAAAAUAAAAGUCUUUUAAGAAAGAAAAUCCAAAUGUUUUUUUUUAUACAACUGUAUUCACAUCUUUUAAAAAAGGAAAAAUCCACCCUGAAUACUUCCACACUGUUUGAAAUGGCCAUUUUGCUUUAGAGUGGCGUUAACAGACACUGUAUCUGCUGUGUAAGAUCAUGUAAGUGCACAUUUGAGAUUCAGACCUGUAGAAUUAAAAAA